AUGACAGAAAGUAAAAAUGAACUUAUAGGGCGUAUAGAAACUGAAGAAUUUUAUGUAAAUUUUUUGAAUCCAAAUUCCAAUAGUAUAUUAAAUGAGUCUAUUAGUAUUAAAGAACAAGUAAAAAAAUUAGCAGAGGGCAUAGAACUAAUAAAUCAAGAACUUCACAGACAAAUACUGGAAAAACAUGAAGAUUUGUUGCAACAAGCCAAUAAUGCCACAAAAUUGGAAACUGUUCUAAAUUCUAUGAACAGUCAUGUAAAAACAUUAUUUAUUGAUGCGGAAAGACUUAAAACUCAGAUAACAAUACCCUAUAAUGAGUUAGAAAAACACACAAAGGUGUUAGGUCGGCUUCAUUUGGCUAGUCAUAUCUUACGACAAGUUAACAGAUUGCAACAAUUGAGUAAAAGGCUAACAAAUACCAAUGAUCCAGUUCAGAAAGCUAUUCUUUUGCAGGAAUUAGAACAAUUAGCCUCUGAUCCAGAGCUAAAGGAUAUCGAUAGUGUUACGAAUGAACUGAGGAAUAUUAGGGUACACCAGCAAAAAGUUGUUCAAUUGGCCACAGGUUCUUUGAAUCAAGGAGCUAAAAACGAAAAUAUUACACAAACAACUACAGCUUUACAGAUAUUCAUAAAUAUUGGUACAAUAGAAUCAGUAGCAAAUAAUUUUGUGGACAACAAUUUACAUGAAUGUCGAGAAAGUUUGAAAUUAGCCCUCUCUGUCAGUUCAUUUUCCUCUAGCAAGACCAAAGGUGGCCCAGGGCACAUUAACCUCACAUCUUCUCAAGGUUUUAGAACAAAAGUUUGGUCUGAAAUAGAAAAAGUAUUUGCUGAAGACAUCUUUUCAAUAUGUAAACAGGUGAAAUUUUUACACAACACUCUAAACAACUUAUAUUUGGUUCAUAGUAACUUGAAUAUCGCCGAGAAGUUUUGGAUAGGAUUUGGAAAAGUUUUUCAGGAGGAAAUCCAGAAGUCUACUUUGGCUCUGAAACAAGCCCUAGAAGAGGAUUUUCCGAAGUUAUUAAAAUGUUAUUAUGAAAUGACAAACAAAUUAAAAUAUGAUCUAUUUGCCUUCGAGUAA